AUGGCCAACGAUUCGCAAAAGUCGGUCCUUAUCACAGGCUGCUCGCCUGGUGGAAUCGGAAACGCCCUCGCUCGCGAGUUUCAUAAACAUGGUUUGCGCGUAUUUGCGACAGCACGAGAUGCAGAAUCGAUAAGAGACCUCGCAGCCUUGGGAGUUGAAACCCUGAGCCUGACGGUAGAUGAUGAGGAGAGCGUCCAGCGGUGUCUCGCAGAGGUGAAGGAAAGACUGGGUGAUAAGGGAUUGGACUAUUUGGUGAACAAUGCGGGUCGCAGUAUGUUUCAUCGAGAGAGGGAGAGAGAGGCUGUCCAUGUUGCUCACUACGCUAUAGAUUACACCGUUCCUGCUUUGGAAGUGGACCUUGCAGAAGUUCGCGCAACCUUUGAAACAAACUUUGUUGCGAUAGUCAACAUCUGCAAGACUUUUGUCCCGUUACUCAUCAAGGCAAAGGGUACGAUUGUACAGAUUGGGUCCGUUGCUGGAAUUAUCCCGUACGUCUUUGGUUCGAUCUAUAAUGCAUCCAAGGCGGCUCUGCACUCGUACAGCGAUACGCUGCGGGUAGAGCUGGCCCCAUUUGGUGUCAAUGUCACUACCGUAGUGACUGGGGGCGUUGAAUCGCGUAUUGCGCGCACCAAGCGUACGCUACGACCCGAUUCGGUCUAUGCCCCAAUCGAUGACCAGUAUACUCGCCGAGUGACACAUAGCCAAGACGGCGCAAUGCCUCACGCUGCAUAUGCUCAGAGUGUCGUCGCACAAGUCUUGUACGGGCCCGCACCGUGGCGCUGGCUCUGGCCUUGGGCACAGGCCCGAAAGAGCUGGAUCUGGGAAGGUAACAAGAGCUGGGUGGUUUGGUUUUUCAUGGCAGGUUGGGCAUGGACAGGGUUUUUCCACGGCAUCAUGGCUCGGAUGUUUGGACUGAACAGAUUAAAGAGGAUCCUCGGGAACUGA